AUGGCGAUGACGACAAGCGGGAUUGGCGUGAGCGAUGUUGAUGCAAACAAGUUGUACGAGUUUUUGACGCAGAAAGGAUUGACCGAUCCUUCUUUUUAUUGGAAGCUGAAGGGCGAUAGUGGGCGUUUGGAAAAUUUAUUUUUUAGGGACUCUCGCUGUUUGAUUGAUUACCAACACUUUGGUGAUGUGUUAUUUGUGGAUUCGACUUUCAAAACAAACAAGUAUGGCCUUGUUUGUGUACCGUUUAUUGGAAUCAAUCAUCAUCGGACGAAUGUUAUGUUUGCAAUUGCGUUCUUGUCGAAUGAGAAGACUGAAUCGUACGAGUGGCUAUUUCGAACAUUUCUUGAAUGUAUGUAUGGCAAGGAGCCGUCGGUAAUUUUUUCUGACCAAGAUCAGGCCCUUAUGAAUGGUGUUGACUUGUGUUUUCGAGGAGCAUCUCAUCGGCUUUGUCAGUGGCAUAUUAAUAAGAAUGUCGCGAAUCAUUUUGGUAGGCUAAAUGGAAACAAAGAAUUCAAGAGUUUGUGGUACCGUUGCAUGGACGGAUGUGAAACUGACGAGCAAUUUGAAAUCGUUUGGAAUGGUAUGAUUGAGCAAUAUAAUCUUUCAGAUAAUAGGCGGUUUUCCAACAUGUACACCCUUCGCAGGUGGUGGAGUUCUGCCUUUAUAUGUGAUAAAUUCUGCGGAGGAUUACAUGCCACUUCUCGUAGUGAGGUGACUAACAAAGUCUUGAAAUAUCUAUGCUCAGGUUCAUCGUCAAUACAUGAAUUUGUGUUAGCAUUUGAAAGAAUGCAAAGAGAUUGGCGCCGACGAGAGUUUGAAGAGGAUUCAUAUUGUCGGGGUAUGCCAGGUAUGCUUGUUCACCGUAGUGGUAUUUUAAUUCAGGUCGCGGAGCUUUGCACUCGUAAUGUCUUCAAAUCGUUUGAGUACGAAGCAUUACAUUCAAUUGAAGUGAAGCUAACGCAUGAACCGCCCGACAUGAACAAUGACGUACUGGAAUUUAAGGUGUCCUCUAGAUCAGCUGUUAAUGGAUAUCGCGUUGUGAAAUUCAACCAACGCAGCCAAUUUGCUGAUUGUUCAUGUCAUAUGUGGGAAACAGAGGGUGUUCUAUGCCGCCAUUUGUUUAGGGUGUUUUUUCACAUGAACCUCGAUACUAUUCCUGGUCACCUUAUAUUGAACAGGUGGAGACGCGACUGUAAGCAAAGGCAUUCUUUAAUUUGCGAAACCGCUAACGUGACGGGAUAUAUUAGAUUUAGUAAUAUGGUGUUUGUGAAUCACCACAUGAAGAUGUUCUACGACUUAUUGACCGAAUGCAAGGAUGAUGGUGUUUGUCGAGAAGCAAUUAAUGAUUAUAUGAGGACUAUAAUGGAGGGUGUGAAACAUUUGAGAAGUAGUAGUCAGGGGACAUGGAAUGGAGGAGCGAGGGAUGCUACUCAUGGUGGUGGGUUGCAUAGGACUCUUAGAAAUCCAAAGAUGAAAGAGAAAAAACAUACUUAUCGGCGACAUAAAAUUAGUAGAAAAAUUGACCAUGAAGCCGGAGGUCGAGAUGAGGCGAUGAAUGAAGGUCAUGGAAUUAAUGAAGACGAGUCUUGUUUUUUCCUUUGA